UUUGUUCUCUCUUAUCUCUCUCCUCUCUCCUCUCUCCUCUCUAAAAAUACCGACAUCAAUUUAGUGAUGCUAGUGCUGCCGCUUGUGCGCAGAUACAUCUAACAUCUCUAUAACCAGUCCAUUUGUCGGUGUGAACAAACCAACAGAGUCGGCCACUGAACACGUUUUUGUUAUUUCACCUAAAAUUAAAGAAUCAAAAUCCAAAAGCACGAGUAUUAUUUUUUGUGUUUUUUUGGUUACAAAAAGUAUAUAAAUUAAUUUCCCCACCUUAGAACAGAGAGAGACGGAGACAGACAGAGACAGAGAGACUGUGUAUUUGACGGCUGGCCAAACCAAAUCUCAGGUAUCAAUCUGCUUAUAUAGCGAUCGUUUGACAAUAACCUCAAAAGGGUCGUCACAAUUCGCCGGCAAAUCAUCUGGGUCGGUCUUCGUUUGUCAGAUUUCCAGCGAGAUUGAAUUGGGUUCAUGUGCUUAUCAAAGGUGGCGAACCCAGGAGACACCGGCGAGUUUGUCAGAUUUCCGGCCAGUGAAACCACUGAUGAAGGAGGACCUUAUUACCACCAAGCUCAGCCACAACAAGAAGAAGAAGAACAACAACAAACAACGAUGUUUUCAGGGUACAGUAGGCCGAGGGAGGAGUCGGCGGUGGUGACGGCGUUGACACAUGUCGUCUCCGGUAGGAGGCCCGGCGAGAGGGGUUAUAGGCCUGAGCUGAGAGGGGCUGCGACGACGUCGUUUGUGGGUAGUUCUGGGAUUUAUUCGCCGUCGAAUUCGGCUUCUCCGGGGUACUCUUCUUCGAGCUCAGGUUCGUGGGUAGGACAGAAGAGAGGACGAGAAGAAGUUAGUGUAACCCAAAAUCAAUAUUCAGAACAGCUUCAUAGGGUUUAUAGAGGGUUUAGUGAUCUCAGAGCUUCACCUCAUGGAGAUUCAUCUUCUAUUACAACUGCAGCAGAGGAACCUACAACAAACAUUGUGACAACCACCAGCACCACUAUCCCAAGCACCACCAUCACCACCACUACCCAAACUCCACCAACAGCAGUGACAGCAUCAAAUGAAGAAACAAGAGAGAGAAGAAUAAGAUACAGAGGAGUGAGACAGAGGCCAUGGGGAAAAUGGGCAGCAGAGAUAAGAGACCCCCACAAAGCAGCAAGGGUAUGGUUAGGUACAUUUGACACAGCUGAGGCAGCAGCAAGAGCAUAUGAUGAAGCUGCCCUAAGAUUCAGAGGAAACAGAGCCAAACUCAACUUCCCUGAAAAUGUCCGAUUACUCCCUCCUCUCCAACUCUCUCAAACUACCCAAAUCCCCAUUUCCAAUUCUCCAACUACCCAUCAUUUUCCAGCAACCCAAUCUCAGCCUCCUCCUGUGUUCUUUCAACCCCAGCAAUUUCAGACCUCUGACACCGCUAGGGACUACUGGGAAUACUCUCAGUUGCUUCGAAGCACUGGUGAUUUUCAACCCACAAGCUCUUUAGAGCAAAUGUUCUAUGCUUCUCCUUCUUCUGCUUCUUCAUUAGCUGGUUUGAAUUCACAAUCAUUGGCCUCUUCUUCUUCACCUUCAUUUGCUGCUGAUUCUUCAGUCACUUCAUCGAAUUCCUCAUAUCCUCCUUUUUUUUCUGAUCAACAAAUGGGUUAUUUCCUACCACCGGGAAAUCGAAAUCAGGGUGGUGGUGGUGGUGGCAGCAGCGGGGGGCCAGUUUUUGAACCACCGUCGUGGCCUGGUGGUUCCGGCCAGUACCCUCCCUCUUCUAGUUGAUUUUUUUCAAUUUAGAUUUUUUUUUUUUUACUCACAGGAAAAGAUAUUCGUUAUAUUCUUUUUCUUGUUCGUGGUUUAUACUUUUUCGUGUACUGCACACGUUGUUUUGGAUCCAUUAUUGUUAAUUGAGUGCUCUCGUUUGAAAAUGAA